UCUUAGUUUUCCCGGAAAAGGAAAAUUUCAUCAAAAUCACCUUUUCAAUAUUUUCAUUUUUAUUUUCUAAAAAAUAUCUAUAUUAACAAGUUAACAACAAACAUAGCAAAUUUACAAUCAGAAUACAUUCAUUCUUCAUAAUUAAUAAACUUCCUUUGCAAAUUUAAUAAUCAAAUUCAAAGGAAAAAGAGACACAAAAUAAUUAUGUCGUGGUUAAGGUCGGCGGUGUACAGAGCAGUAGAAGCUGGAGGGAAUACCAAUUUAACACGCACCGUUCGGAGCUAUGCCGAUACCGUCGUCCUUCAAGCCGGCAAUGCCGUGGCUGAGGGAGCCAAAAUCAUCCAGCACCGCAUUGGGUCCGGGAAUUCGAAAAGCUUUAAGAUUACCGUGAAAAGAUUGGAGGAAGUUUCUGUGUCUUGUAGAGGGAUGGAAAGAGUUCAGUUAUUGAGAAGGUGGUUGGUUGCACUAAAAGAGGCUGAGAGAUUAUUUGCAGCUUACUCUGAGAACAAUGAUAAGCAUCCUGAUGAACGGAUUAUCUCUGAUGAGUUCAAGGAUUCUCCAAAAAAACCCACUGUGGAUUGUUAUGUUGAUCCUGAUCUUGGGACAAUGAAUUUCCGCGAUGCAUUUCUUUACAGUCAAGCUCUUGAAGGCAUGACAUUGUCCAUGAUUCUUGAAGCACCAAAUGAGGAAGAAGUUUCAUUGCUUCUAGAGAUAUUUGGGCUCUGUCUUGCAGGAGGGAAGGAAGUUCACAAAGCAGUUAUGAGUAGCAUACAAGAUUUGGCAUUAGCAUUCUCUAGCUACCAGGAUGAAGUAUUGGUAAAGCGAGAAGAAUUGCUCCAAUAUGCUCAAUGUGCAAUUUCAGGGUUGAAAAUAGAUGCUCAUAUUGCAAGAAUAGAUGCUGAAGCCUGCAGUCUAAUCGAGAAACUUGAUAAAAUGAAGAAGUACCAUCAAUCACCAUAUGAACCUAAGGAACAAUCAUCUGAAGAAACAACUAUUGCAACAGUGAAGGCUCUUGAAGAGACACUUGGACAAAUUGAAGUAUGUUCCAUGUUGGAGGAACUUUUACUAAAGAAGAAAUCUUUGAAUAAUGGGGAUUCUCCAGGGUUGCAUGCUGGAAAGGUUGAUAAAUUGAAAGUUUUGUUGGAGUCUCUUCUUAACUCAACAUCAAAAGCUGAAAGACGUAUUUUGGACAACAGGUCUCAAAAAGAAGAAGCACUCAACUUUCGGGUGGCUAAAGCCGGUGAAGUUAGCCAGCUUGAGAAGGAAUUGGCAAAUGAGAUUGGAGAACUUGAGAGGCAUAAAGAUGAACUUGAAGCUGAAUUGAAAAAGGUCAAUAGCUCAUUGACUGCUGCUCGGGCACGACUUCAUAAUGCUAGGGAAGAACGAGAACAGUUUGAUGAAGCCAGUAAUCAGAUUAUUAUUCACUUGAAAGCCAGGGAGGAUGAGCUCUCAAGAUCGAUUUCUUCAUGCAGAGUAGAAGCAGAUGUCGUCAAUACAUGGAUACAUUUUCUAGAAGACACCUGGAGCCUACACACUACAUAUAUUGAGCAAAAACAGAAGCAGGUCAAUGCUGAGUUGGAGAGAUAUGGAGAUUAUUUUGUGAAUUUGGUUGUUCAUCUUCUUACAUCUUACAAGGAACAGUUGGGGUCUUCCAUCAUCCAUGUCAGAGGACUUGUUGGGGAUUUGCAUUCAUGCCAACGGCCAGAAAUAACACCUAGUGUAAAGGAUGACGAUUCAAUAGUCAACCAAAGAAAAAUUCUUGAAAAGGAAUACCUGGAUUUGGAAGGCAAGUUUUUAACCACCUUAAGCACAGUGUAUGGUGUGAAAAAGCAGUAUUACAGUGGAAAUGAAGGUAUUUACAGGAAAGAUGAUGAAAGGAUCAAGGAGCUAUUUAAUGCUCUUGAAAAAUUGAAAGAGGAAUUUGAAUCCAUUAAGAGACCAGUUUUGGAAGUUGAAAAGAUACAAAGAUCGCAGUCACCAUCCAGUCCCCAUGUCUGUCUAUCCCCUAGUUCCAAGCAGGCAUUUGAGACUGCACAAAACAAACAUCACAAGAAAGGUAAAUUAUCCUUGCUUAAUGGAAGAAAGUCACCAGCACUGGUGGAACUUGAACAGCUGGAGUCUGAACUUGGGAAAGAUGACACAGAUUAUUUGACAGAUGAGAUUGGUGAGUGGGAGUUUGAUGCGCUUGAAAAGGAACUAAAUGCGACCAGCUUGAAAAGGAACUAA